AUGACAAGUUCCAACGAGCAGUUCGAAUACAUUAUAGUCGGCGGUGGGACGGCUGGACUUGUCGUCGCCUCACGACUCAGCGAAGAUGCACAGGCCCGCGUUCUCGUGGUCGAGGCUGGCCCUGAUAACUCUAAUGACCCGGUUGUCCUAACGCCAGGGCUGGUAGUUGCGCAAUUUGGGGAAGAGAAAUACGACUGGAAUUUCAGCUCAGAGCCCCAACCCAAUCUAAACAACAGACGGCUUGCGCAGCCUCGCGGAAGACAGCUUGGUGGCUCCUCUGCAUUGAACAUGAUGAUGAUGCUGUAUCCAUCAGCAGUUAACAUUGAUUCCUGGGGCAAGCUCGGUAACCCCGGCUGGUCUUACCAAGAUCUUCUGCCUUACUAUAGGAAGUCAAGCACCACUCAUGCUCCAUCCGCUACGGCAGCGGAGCUUACAGGCCUGCACCAGUAUCACGAUGAUUCUCUUACUGGAGACGGGCCUGUUCAUGUUUCAUUUGGAGAGGGAUACAGCAAGGUAUUCAAUGGAGCUUGGAUGGAAACGUUCAACAACCUUGGCCUGCGAAUGACCGCAGACCCGCGAACAGGGAAAGCGCUCGGUGGGUUUCAGAACCCCGCCACUAUAGAUCCGCAGACGAGGACUCGAAGUUUCGCCUCGCCAGCGUAUUUGACUGCUGAAGUCCGCCAGAGAUCCAACCUGGAAAUUCGCUGCAAUUCCGUGGUCGAGAAGGUCUUGACGGAGCGACGAGGAGAUAAGGUGACUGCUACAGGAGUCGUCAUCUCUGCUGGUGGCAAGACACAGCGUAUUGACGCACGACUCGAGGUCAUCCUAGCUGCUGGAGCUCUUCACACACCCCAGAUCCUAGAAUUAUCUGGAAUCGGCAACCGUGUUCUCCUUGAAAGCCAUGGUAUUCCCGUUGUAAUCGACAACCCAAAUGUUGGGGAGAACCUUCAGGAUCAUGCUAUUGUGGCCCAAAGUUUUGAGGUCAACGAUGGUAUGCCAUCAGGAGAUGUUCUCAGAGACCCUGAGGUGCUUAAUAGCUUGAUCUCACUGUAUCAGAGCAGUGGUGGCGAUGGCCCCCUUGGUCAGAGCUCUAUCAGUGUAGCAUACAGUCCAUGGUCAGAUGGUGCUGGUGCAUUAUCUGCAGAGGCCAAGAAGGAGGCACUGGAUGCUCAUCUCGCACACUCCAAGACACAGAUGGCCGAGCAGUUCAGCGUAAUCCGUGCGAUAAUCGAAGAUGCGAACGAGCCAGCCGUCGAGUAUCUCCUCUUUCCUUGCCAGAUCACCGUCAACGAUGAUCCGGUAUCCAUGAGAGAAAUCAUUACUCCGUCUCGGCCGGACAACUACGUCUCUAUCAUGACGAUACUGAACCAUCCGUUUUCGAGAGGAUCAGUCCACAUCACCUCCGCUGAUGUACAAACAAAACCGAUUUACGAUCCUCGCUUUAUGUCUCACCCACUUGACCUGCACGUUCUCGCACAGAACGUCCAGUUUGUGGAGCGAAUCAUCGAAACGGAGCCGUUCAAGUCGAUGCUGAAGAGCGACGGCAAACGCGCGCCGGACAUUAUCGGAAAGACCCUGGAACAGGCCGAAGAGAUUGUUCGUCGUCAUACAAUCUCUGUUUUCCACGUGGCUGGUAGUUGUGCUAUGCUGCCCGAGAGUCAAGGAGGUGUAGUAAACGAGCGGCUUAUCGUCCACGGGACUGGGAAUAUCCGUAUUAUUGAUGCUAGUAUAUUCCCUCUUGAACCACUGGGCAACAUACAAGCAACCGUCUAUGCUGUUGCGGAGAAAGCUGCGGACCUUAUCAAGGAAGAUCAGCGGUGCCACUAUCCCAGGAAGGUGUUGACAAACGAUAUAGCUUUUCGGUAG